GUUAUGGCCCGGAAAGGGGGUUUGCAUAUAGAAAGCACUUAAUGAAGGAAUCCCAAUUAUGCCCCCGACUUGACUAGGUGUUCUCUCGGGUGCCAGGUUCGACGCUACACGAAACUGCAGAGGACUGUGAUGUAAGGGCAUGGAGCGUGACGUAACAGCACGGAAGGGAAUGGAAUGAACAGAAGCGCCAUCUGUGGGCGGGGCUUUUCCGGUACUGGGUCCGCGUCCACUUCUUUCUCAUUGGGGUCAAGGGCAGAUUGAAAGGAGCGCCUCACAGGACAAAGCCACCCCGUUACAACCCUGAGGGGCCCCCAAUUCUAAUGGCGGGGCAGGCCUGGAGUAGGAGCACGCUCUGAGGGCCCUACCUUAAGAUCAUUUCCUUCAUGCCCAAGAUGGCGGCCGGCGGCGGCGGGGUGUGUGGGGGGGUUGGUCACGUGGCCACCUCGAGCUCUGACGUGGCGCUCUCUCUCCCCCGCCCGCCCCGCGGCCUGCCUAACGUGUCCCUUUCGGCACCCCGUCUGCGUUCCCUUCCCUCCCAGCCUCCGGCCCGAAUGGCGGCGCCCAACGGCCGAAGUAGCAGCGGCGCUCCCGGCCUACGCCCCUGGGCCUCACUCCUCCUGCUCCUGGCAGCGGCGGCAGCGGCGGCGGGCGGCAGCGACGGUGACCGCGCCGUAGACUUUGACGUGCGUCCCGGCGGGGUGGUGCACUCCUUCUCGCAGAGCCACGGGCAGGCGGGAGGGCACACCUGCACAUUCACAUAUGCUGCUCAAGGUGGGACUAAUGAGCAGUGGCAAAUGAGCCUGGACCUCAGUGAUGACAGCCGACUCCUCACCUGCAUCAUUUGGAGGCCCCAGGGGAAGUCUUACCUGUUCUUUACUCAGUUUAAGGCAGAAGUGCAGGGAGCAGAGGUUGAAUACGGCAUGGCUUAUUCUACAGCUUCAACUGGAAAAGAUGCAGAUGUUCCCCUGAAACCUGAAGAAUUUGAAGUGACGAGCACAGCAGUGACCCACAGACAAGGGGCAUUCCGAGCUGAACUGUCCAAAAUCGUGUUAGUGGCCAGAACAGGCCAUGUUGAACUGUGAUCUGAAGCCUCGUCCAAAGUUUGUCUUGUCUUGCCUCUACCGGAGUGACCAGAGGGGACCAUAUCAUGUGCUGGUUUCUUAGGGGGUAUUUUCUUGGUUUCCCACACAGAUGUCUACAGUGCUGUAUUUGGGGUGUUAAGGCCAGGACUCUGCAGGUGUCAGAGAGAGUAAAGCUCCGAAGCUUCUCUUUCAGGCCAGCAGGAGUGGCCGAGAUCCAUGGCUUGCCCUCAGACAGCCUGUCACUGCUUUUCCUUCCGUACCUCAUGGUACUUCUGUUCCGAACAAGACUACUUUGAUGCUUCCUAAGAAGGUGGAGCUAAAGCAGAUGGUCCCAAAAGGGCCUCAGAAUCACCUCAAUAUGGCAGGAGCAGACUUGUGUUCCUGCCCAGAUGCGUGCCACUGUCCAGGGCCCUUUUUGUCCCUAGACAAGGGGGAGCCAACCACCUGCUUCCCCACGGCCAGAUCUGAAAUCACCGGUAUGAGGAAGGGGCAGGGCAGCUUGACUCUGAAACAAAAAUCCAGCCAACUUGUUGUGUCUCUCAGUACACUUUCAGGACUAUUUUCCUACGUCUACCCCAUUUAUUUCCCUGUAGAUUGACUGUGAAGGGAAUUCAACGUUCUUUCAUGUCCAAAUAAAUGAAGAGGGGACCAGGGCAAGGUUAAAAACUG